AUGAAUGAGCUUGUCCGACUGGGAAGCUUGCCACGGUCUAAACUACCCGAUUUACAUACUACAUUCACCACAACUUCUUCAUAUCUCGAAGUCCUUGCGAAUCUCAAUAUUGAGCAUCUUGUACACCAACGAAACGAUUCUGUAGAGUCCGCAGACGACUGUCGGCGAAAAUUUGUGGCUCGGCAGCUAUUUCGUAAGCUUGCUAAGGACAAGCGACUCUUCAAUCCAUUACUUGAGAAAGGACCUUUCAAACUUUGGUGUGAUGAUUUGCGGCCGGCUAAUGUGCUCCUUCAUAAGGAUCUGAAAAUCGCAGGUGUGGUCGAUUGGGAGUUCACAUAUGCCGCACCCGCCGAAUUUUCGUUUGCGCCGCCUUGGUGGUUACUGAUUGAGAAACCCGAGUACUGGGCGGAAGGCCUCGAAGAUUGGACAAGAGCUUUUGAUUAUCGCUUGAAGACAUUCCUCAAAGUGAUGAAGGAUCGGGAGGACAUAGCGAUCCAACAGAAUCGGUUGGAAGAAGACCAGCGGCUCUCCAGUCCUAUGUAUCAGAGCUGGAGGAGUGGGGAAUUCUGGAUUGUUUAUGCAGUGUUGCAUAGCUUUGCAUUUGAUCUCAUCUACUGGGAGAAGAUUGACCCACGCUUUUUCGGGCCUAACCGAGGCCCUAAUGGAGCAUGGAAAGAGAGGCUCAACCUGCUUGAUGAGAAAGAAAAAGACGAAAUGGAGCAAUUAGUUGCAAGGAAGAUGAAAGAGAUGAGUACCAGGAUUCUAGCGUGGGAUCCAGAUGAGUACACGCUGGCUUCCCACCAACAAUUGGAGAGGCAAGCAGGUGAAGCAGAAAACAUCCAGAAGAGCAAGAACGAGAUGGAGAGUCAAGGCAGUGAGGCAGAAAUUCCAAAUUCUCGGGGGUACACAAGAUAA